AGUUUAUCUACGGUACCUAGGCUCUUGAGAUACUAUCGUUACUCCACAUUUGAUGUUACAUUCCUCUUUAGAAUUAAGUACCUAUUAGACAUCGAUAUCGUAUCUUGAUUUAGAUAGAUCGUAAGUAUGCUCAUUUAUGACUUCCAGCUUCCACUAAGUUUGUGUGUGUGUGUGGUGUUGAGUGCUAAGUAAAGGGGUAAAACCAGCAUGUGCGCCCUUCUCGUAGCUCUGAUCCUGGCAUGCUGCGGCCUUUCGCAAGGCAUGCUUGAAGUCUUCCAAGCCGCACCGCCUCCUCGAGCGACUUUUGAUGAGCCAGCAUGUCGUCAAGUGCUCUUUGAGCACGAUUUCGGCAACAGUUACGGCGCCCCAUAUGUCGGGCCCUAUUCACUACCUGAGGGAUGCAAAUUCACCACCGCCAUUUUCAACCUAAAUGUUGUCUCAAGCGGACGACAGUUUGACAGGCUUGCGACGCUAUGGCUGGGCGAUAUCGAAGUGUGGAGAACGUCCACCGCGAUGCCGAUUCAGUCAGGCAUCCAUUGGUCUUUCCAGAAGGACAUGACUGUAUGGCAUACGCUAUUAACACAGAGCCAAAAGAUCAUCUUUGACCUUGGCAACCUAAUCGACGGAGACCGGUACACUGGCUAUUUCAACGUCACUAUGGAGGCGCUGUACUAUAACGACCGAUAUUUCUCAGGCUUCCACCCCGCAGAACACAUCUACCCUAUCUCAACGUCCUCGUCUUCGAACAACACUACGUCGCUGUUCUCACUUCCCGACGACAGCGGUUCGGUCAACCUUACCCUCCCAAGGAAUGUCAAGAACGCGGUCGUUUCGGUCACGGCCUCCGGCAACGGCGAGGAGGAAUUCUGGUUCACGAACGUGCCGACGGAGUACGUCCACACGUUCCCGAGCAACGAUGGCUGGCUGUACGGGUACAGCCCGUUCCGCGAGGUGCAGGUGCUCGUCGACGGCCGGCUUGCGGGCGUGUCUUGGCCCUUCCCUAUCCUCUUCACCGGCGGCGUGGACCCGGGCGCGUGGCGACCCAUCGUCGGCAUCGAUGCUUUCGAGCUGCCGUCGUUUGAGAUUGACGUCACCCCUUGGCUUGGGUUACUGACGGACGGACAGUCGCACGCUUUCCAAUUGCGUGUUGUGGGGUUUGACACAUCUGUGGGGGACGGCAUAGGUCCCGUAGGCGAGAACUGGUGGGUCUCUGGGUCCGUCUUUGUCUGGCUUGACGACACGACGGAGCAGACGACAAGAAGCAACUUCCACAACGAGGUGACGGCGCCGUCUUUCGACUUUCUUCCGGUCGUUGGUACAGCAGUUGCCGACGAUGGUACGAUCACCAAUACUUCGCUUUACUUCGCAUUGACAGCAAGCCGGAAUAUAACGAUCUCUUCGACAGUCAAAAAGGGGGUCAGUACGCGCGACGUGGCAUGGACACAGAGUCUCUCGUUUUCCAACAUACAGAACAUGACCGACUUAGCUUUCAACCAGUCACUUGCCAUGGUUACGUCGGGUAGUUACUCAGACUCGACUUCGGAUGUCAUCUCUCGUUACACUUAUCCCCUGAACCUCUUCAGCGCAUACGACGUAGCCUCCUCUGGAGCAACCACGAAUCCCGGCUCGGUAUUCUGCAUGAUCGACCGUAGCAAGCUGGCGGACAGUGUUUCUGUACUAUCGCUUUUGACCGGGACAUCUAUCGGUUCGGAGAGCCUUCAUACUAGACAGAAUGUCACGUCGAAUUAUCAUUGGAAUAGGACAAUCGUAGAGGGUACGGAAGGUCUAGAUACGAUGGAUGGUGAAGUGUGGCUUUCGUAUUCUGGCAUUGCGGCGGGCGAGGACGGCGUCGUGGCAUAUCACCGAUACGCCAAGGAGAAAAAUGAUAGCUUAUUGGUAGACGAGCAGGGCUGGGGGCCAAUACAGGUACCUAGCACAAUGCCUCUUCCGUUUGUAAAUCAGGGGGCCGAUAGUAUACCAGUGACGCUUUGAAACAGACUGUUCCUCAACGUUAUUGCUGCCUAACGGAUUGCAGGCUGCGGGAGUUUAGAUGGUGGCUGGGUUUUCGGGCUACACAGGAACGCCAGCAUGAUAUGCGACGUCACUCCUAUUCGCCGAUUAUGCUUAUAGGAUAUGCACCUCAACUUUGCCACACGCACAAUAGGUACCCUAGACCACCCCCGAACUUCAAAUGCUGAUCUAAAUCACCUAUGUACCUCUUCUCACCAACUAUCUACUCACCAAUAUUGUCAAUAUGACAUCCACAAAGUUG